GGUCUCUCUUUUUAAAACUAUAGCACACUGACGCAUUCUUAACGACUGGCGACUGUCGCAAUCUAGACUGGUAUUCGUAUUGAUUAAUUAACAACAACAAUAAGCUAUUUCGAAACUAAUGUCUGCAGCGGUUCAGAAACAGGUAAUCCCAAAGUUUAUACCGAAGCCAUUUCAUAGGUGGUUAGGCAAUGACCGUCUAUUCAAAUGCCUCAUUCCUCUAGAGAGGUAUACAUUGGUGCGCUACUUUAAUUCAGUUUACAAUACUGCCCCCCUCUUUAAGUGGUCGCUCUCAGUUGUGCCAUUAUAUUCAAUUUUUGCUGAAUCCAAACCAGUCGACAAGCUUGACGUAAACUCAAGUGUGGCUUUGUUUUCAACCGGUUUCGUCUGGACUUUCUACUCGCUGAUGAUUCAACCUCAGAAUUCAGGAAGCCGUUCAUUAGCUCUUGUCAACUUAUGUCUUGCAUGCGUUCAUGGAUACAACUGUUUCAGAAUUCUAUCAUACAAUUUGGAACAAGGUAAAUUGGCAAAAAAAAAUAAAUAGGAUAGGGUGCUUUGUGAGGUUUUGUUUUUAUUGAAAUUAUGUGACAGAGGCGAUCUUGUCUACGAAUAAUAGAAGCGAAGUCAGUGAACUGUUAGCGCCUUUCGAAUUAUAUUUAUAGAAAGUAUUCCACCAAUUCCUAUAGGAAAAAAAGGUAGUUAAAUGGAAGGUAUAUAUGUUUUCUAAUUUGUUCAUAAAUUUAGCAGUAAAGCGUAAUGUGGACCAAAAAAAAGAUCUUUACAGAUAAUUUGGACGCAAAAAAAAA